AUACAGAAAAUUGUUACGAUUUGCAUUAAGAUAACCAAAGAGCAGGUUAAUUAAACAAAGGAGCAGAGAAAACGGGUUCUGUCUGAAACAAUGACGUUAGCAGCACCAUAGAGGACCCCACACACUCCAGCUUCCGUCUACCACUAUUGGCGCGAAUCUGAGAGAACCAAAACAUAGGCUGAAAUCUUUAUACAGUCUAUGGCUGAAACCGAAUUUACGGGGCAAAUAAAUUCUUACUACAUACGUGCAGUGUUCGCUAUUUUAAGAACGAGCUAUGUAUUCAGCGAGGUAGAUUACAUAACUUUAAUUCAGUGAUGAAUUAUGGCUACCAGGAGGCUUGUUUUCUGUCGUCAUUGUCACGAAUACUAGGUAGCUCCAUGAUGCUAGCUUGCAAAUGUGAAGCGCGAGCUGUCAGCUGUAUGCGUUAACUAGCUGGCUAGCUUGUAAAUCUUAGACACAUGAGUAUAUAUAUACAACGUAUAUUUCGAAUGCUGUGUUUUGUAUAUUUUGGGAAUUGAUGUCCAACAUGGCAAAUGAAAAAGAGGGAUUUGUCGUGAAGUUUGUUGAAACAAAUCGGCGAAAAUCUGAACUAGCAGUCAAGGCUUAUGAGGCCAUCCUGGAGCUGCAGUCAGAAAAGUACCUCCAGACUGUGAAUGAGGAGGCUGUGCUGCGUAUGGAACACAAUGAUAAGUCUCUUUACAUCUUCAGCAACUUCUCCAGUCCUGCCUUCUACCACUGCAAGAAGCUGGGCUGCAGAGUGGUGAGCCCGCUGGUGGUUCUCUACUGCUUGCAGCUUCAGUGCUGUGUGCCCAAGGCAGAGGAGCCCGUCUACAACAUGGCCAUGGCCGACGUCACUGUCUCCUGCACCAACCUGGACAAGGAGGAGCGGGAGGAGGUGCUGGAGCUGGUGCAGCUGAUGGGUGGCCGCGUGUCCCGGAAUCUCAACGUGUUUGUCACACACCUGGUGGCGGGCAUGGUGGGCAGCAAGAAGUACCUGGUGUCUGCCAGCUUGGGCAAGCCCAUUCUGCUGCCCACCUGGGUCAAGGCCUGCUGGGAGAAGUCCCAGGACAGCCUGUUCCGGCACACGGAGCUGCCCCUGGAGGAGCACCUGUGCCCCGUGCUGCACGGCUGCACCGUGUGCGUGACGGGGCUGUCCACCCAGGAGCGCAAGGAGGUGCAGCGGCUCUGCGAGGAGCACGGGGCCCGCUACACCGGCCAGCUCAAGAUGAACGAGUGCACGCACCUCAUCGUCAGCGAGCCCAAAGGUCAGAAGUACGAGUGCGCGAAGAAGUGGAACGUGUACUGCGUGUCCUUGAACUGGCUGCAGGACAGCAUCGAGAAGGGCUACUGCCAGGACGAGAGCCGGUACCGGGUGGGCACCGGCAACCAGCAGCAGGGCCAGCCCAACACCUCCACCCCCACAGGCAACCGGAAAAACGCAGCCACGCACGUGCUGGGCGUGAGCCAGAUCUCCAACAUCAGCCUGGUCUCCGCGAACGACACGGCCCAGACCACGGCCUCGGUCAGCUGCCUGGGGACGCCCAACGCCCUGGACGCCCUGGACACGACCACCUGCCCGUCAGACGACCUGCUGGACGGCUGCAAGCUCUUCCUCUGCGGGUUCUCUGGGAAGAAGCUGGAGAAGCUGCGGCGGCUGGUGAACGGCGCGGGCGGCCUGCGCUUCAACCAGCCCAGCGAGGACCUGACCCACGUCAUCAUGGGGGAGCCCGACCAGGACCUCAAGAGCUUCCUGUCCAAGGCCACGCACAGGCCCCACGUGGUGACGGUUCAGUGGCUGCUGGACAGCUUCUCCAGGGGCUGCCUGCUCCCUGAGGAGGGCUACUUCCACCCCGCUUGCCUGCCCCCCACACCCGCCUCCCUGGAGAUGCCCCUCCCCCGGGCCCCUCCCCCACGCCUCAGCUCCUCCUCCAUGGCUCCUCCGGCCACCACCCCCAGCCCCGUCCAGAAGAGGAGGGCCGAGGAGGAGCUGCUGUCCCAGUACCAGGACCAGGACCAGACUGUGGUGGAGCUUCCUCAGGCCGGCAGCAGCAGCAGGAGGCAGAGUACGCUAGCCCCCGAGCCGGAGCCCGCGGACCCCGACCCCGCGCCGCCGCCGCAGGACUCCACCCUCCAGGGCCCGGAGGACGGGGCUCUGUUCCAGGGGAAGCGCUUCCUGCUGGCGGGCUUCUCGUCGGAGGCGGAGGCCCAGCUGUCCGUGCUGGUGCUGGAGAACGGCGGGAAGGUGCUGGGCAGGAGCACGCGGGCGGUGGCGCACUACGCCGUCGUGCCUCUGCUGGGCUGCGAGGUGGAGGCCACCGUGGGCGAGGUCGCCACGGACACCUGGCUGGCCCUGUGCGUGGAGCAGCAGCGCGUGCUGGAGCUGCACUCCCACCCCCUCUUCACCCCGCUAGCCGUGCAGGAGGGCAGCGCCCCGCUCGCCGGCUGCGUGCUCUCUUUCAGCCAGUUCACCGGCGCCGAGCGCGAGUCCCUCGUCCUGCUGGCCAAGCACCUGGGAGCCAGUGUGCAGGACUACUUUGUGCGGACGGAGAACCAGCGCAAGGGCAUGCUGGCCAGCACUCACCUGGUCCUGCAGACCCCGGAGGGCACCAAGUACCAGGCCGCGCAGAAGUGGGGGCUGCCCGCCGUCACCAUGCGCUGGGUGCUGGAGUCGGCCAGAAGGGGGCGCCGGCCGGACGAGGCUCGCUUCCUCGUGGACCUCCCUCCCUCUCCAGAGAGGGAGGAAGAGAGCUUUGUGAUGGGCUCCCAGAAGAUCCCCGAGCCCCUGCCCCACGCCUCCCUGGAGCUCCCCCUGCUGGGUCCGCAGGGCGGGGCCGGCGUCACCCCGCUGGACGUGGGCCGCUUCCAGAGCAAGGCCUUCCGCUCGGCGCUGGGACAGGGCCCGCAGCCAGGGGGCGCUACCCCAGGGCAGGAGGGCAAGAGCACGCCCUGCAGAGAGCCCUCCCUGCAGCUGGACACGCCCUCUCGCUUCCUGUGCCGAAACAAGCUUUACGCCCCCGUCUUCAACGUCAAGGACGCGCUGGCUGCCCUGGAGACGCCAGGGAGUCGAGGGGUCGCGACCCCGCUGACAGAGGUCGUCGAGAGGAACCUGCAGGUUGCCCUGGCCAACAGCGCCCGCGGCAACAACGCCGACCUGGCUGCCCUCACUGCCAGCCCUCAGCUGAGCAGGAAGCCAGAGCCGGAACACACGGUAGCAGAGGAGCCCGCCCUCCUGGUCGGCGUGGUGAUCUGCGUCAGCAAGAAGCUGAGCAGGAAGCAGAGCGAGCUGAACGCCAUCGCGGCCUCGCUGGGCGCGGAGUUCAGGUGGUCCUGCGAUGACUCAGUGACACACUACAUAUACCAGGGGCGUGCGGGGGACAGCAGCCGGGAGUACCGCGCGGUGAAGGAGAGGGGCCUGCACGUGGUCUCUCAGCACUGGCUGCAGGCGUGUGCGGACGAGCAGAGGCGCGUGUCCGAGUCCCUCUACCCCUUCACCUACAACCCCAAGAUGAGCCUGAACCUGAGCCAGGUGCCCAGCAGCACGCAGAGGUCCCCCCCGCUGGCCCGCCCGCAGCCCCUGGACCUCACCGAGGCUCUGGAAGACAAGUCCCUGUCUGCGAAUGGAGAGCCUGAGAACGAGGUGACCGCUCAUAACAGCACAGAACAGAGAGACCUGGCCCAAGCCCUGGAGAUGAGGGAGAGCCUUCAGCGGCAGCUGCAGGAGAUCAUGUCGGCCACCACGCUCUCCAACGGGAGGCGCGCUUCGGCGCGGCUCUCCAGGCUCGGGUCCGGGGGCUCGGACUCCCGCCCCCUCACCCCCGACAGCGCGGGUCGGGCUGGGUGGUCGGGGAGGAGCCGCACCCUGGAGGCGCUGCGGCUCUCUCGGCAGGUGCCUCCGGACGCCAACACGGAGCCGUCGCAGAGCGAGCAGAUCGUGUGGGACGACCCCACGGCCCGGGAGGAGCGCGCCAAGCUGGCCGACAACCUGCAGUGGCCCGGCAGCCCGUCCCAGCACUCGGACCCGCUGCCCCUGCCCGGCCCCGCCGCGCCCUCCGGCCUCCAGAUCAGGGACUCCAUGACCGACUCAGAGCUGGUGGAGAUGGCGGCCUGCGACGUCAUCGACGAGCACAUGGGGAGGAAGCCCACGCCGCCCCCCGGGGAGGAGGCCGAGCCCCGGGUCCUCACCCCCCAGGCCCCCAGCAUCGCCUUCCCCAUCGCCAACCCCCUCGUCCCUCCCCAGCCCCAGCCACAGGAAGAAGGCGAGAGCGAGGCGGACGCCGCGGAGCCGCCCAGAUUCCAGCUGUCCUCCCUCAGCGCCCAGGAGCGCAUCGACUACAGCCAGCUGAUAGAAGAGCUGGGAGGAGUGGUCCUGGACAAGCAGUGCUUCGACCCCAGCUGCUCCCACAUCAUAGUGGGCCAUCCGCUCCGCAACGAGAAGUACCUGGCCGCCAUGGCCGCCGGGAAGUGGAUCCUGCACCGCUCCUACCUGGAGGCCUGCCGCGCCGUCGGGCACUUCGUUCCGGAGGAGGACUACGAGUGGGGCAGCAGCUGCAUCCUGGAGGCCCUGCCCAACAUCAACCUCCAGCAGCGCAGGCUGGCGCUGGCUGCCCUCAGGUGGAGGAGGUCCCUGCAGGGCCAGCAGGGGCGAGAGCAGGGAGCCUUUAGCGGCUGGAGGGUGAUGCUGAAUAUCGACCAGGCGCGGGAGGCGGGAUUCCGGCGGCUGCUGCAGUCUGGCGGCGCCAAGGUGUUCCCGAGCCCCUCCCCCGCCCUCUACAAAGACACUACACACCUGUUUGCAGACUUCAGCCAGCUGAAGCCGGGGGACUUCCGGGUGGACGUGCAGGAGGCCGCAGCCCAGGGGGUGAAGUGCCUGAAGCCUGAGUACAUCGCAGUGUACCUGAUGCAGGAGCCGUCCCCCGCAGUGGAGCUGUACUUUCUGCCAGGAGCGGCGCCGGACCUGCCUAACGACGCGCUCGGCAACCAGGCCACGCCGUCGCGCAAGCGCAGGGCUUCUGGGGACUCGUCCACGCUGAAGAAGAGCAGGCUCCACUGAGCCCUCGCACUGCGCUCUGCAACCCCACAGCCUCCCGCCUCCUGUACAAAGAACUCUUAACUGUCCUUAUGGAAAAAAUGAAAUCUGUAAUUAAAAUUUUUAUGUUUUUGCUAUUACACGAGAAAUAAAAUGGACCAUAAAUACGAA